GAGGUGAGCGCUCCUCACCCAUCCAUCCCAGCUCCGUUCAGUCCGUUUUCUUGACUGCGUUGCGUUUUUUCCUUUUGUUUUCCCCUGUUUUCUUUGGUUCCUCCGUCGCUCAUUUGGUCUUUUCCAGUUUUGAGCUUUCGAGCUCAGCAGGAACAAGGCUCUUUGAAACUUGAAAGAGAGCAUCCAUAGCAAUGGCUGAACGCAGCUUGACCCGGGCUCACAGUGUUAGGGAGCGCAUUGGGGGCUCCCUUUCUUCCCAGCCCAAUGAACUGGUGGCUCUUUUCUCAAGGUUUAUUAACCAAGGUAAGGGUAUGCUGCAACCUCACCAGUUGUUGGCUGAGUAUGAAGCUACCUUUUCUGAGGCAGAUAAAGAGAAGCUGAAGGAUGGAGCCUUUGAGGAUGUUAUCAAGGCGGCACAGGAAGCCAUUGUCAUUCCUCCAUGGGUUGCUUUGGCAAUUCGACCAAGGCCUGGAGUCUGGGAAUAUGUUCGGGUCAAUAUCACUGAACUCGCUGUGGAAGAGUUGACAGUUCCUGAGUACCUGCAUUUCAAGGAGGAGCUUGCUGAGGGAAGCCCACAGAACAACAACUUCACGCUGGAGUUGGACUUUGAGCCCUUCAACGCCUCGUUUCCCCGUCCCUCGCUAUCAAAAUCCAUUGGUAAUGGAGUGCAGUUCCUCAACCGGCAUCUCUCUUCAAAGUUGUUCCAAGACAAAGAAAGCUUGUACCCCUUGCUUAAUUUCCUCAGGAAGCAUAACUACAAGGGCAUGUCUAUGAUGCUCAACGAUCGGAUCCAGAGCCUUAGUGCCCUUCGAGCAUCAUUGAGGAAGGCCGAGCAACAUUUGCUGAGUAUUCCAUCAGACACACCCUACUCUGAGUUUCACCACAGAUUUCAAGAGCUUGGGUUGGAAAAAGGUUGGGGUGACACUGCUCAGCGUGUAUAUGAGACCAUUCACCUUCUACUUGAUCUUCUCGAGGCCCCUGAUCCAACCACUUUGGAAACUUUCCUGGGAACAAUUCCGAUGAUGUUCAACGUCGUGAUUCUUUCUCCACAUGGUUACUUUGCCCAGGCUAAUGUUUUGGGCUACCCCGACACUGGUGGUCAGGUUGUCUACAUUUUGGAUCAAGUUCGUGCUUUAGAAAAUGAGAUGCUUCUCAGAAUCAAGCGUCAGGGCCUAGAUAUCACACCUCGAAUUCUAAUUGUUAGCAGAUUGCUUCCGGAUGCAGUGGGCACAACUUGUGGGCAGAGGCUGGAAAAGGUCCUCGGAACCGAGCAUACUCAUAUUCUUCGUGUACCAUUCAGAACUGAGAACGGAAUAGUCCGCAAAUGGAUCUCCCGCUUUGAAGUAUGGCCUUACCUUGAAACAUAUACUGAGGAUGUUGCAAAUGAGUUGGCUGGAGAGCUGCAAGCCACCCCGGAUCUAAUCAUCGGAAACUACAGUGAUGGAAAUCUAGUUUCCACUUUGCUUGCACAUAAAUUGGGAGUAACCCAGUGCACUAUCGCCCAUGCUUUGGAGAAAACGAAGUACCCAAACUCGGACAUCUAUUGGAAGAAGUUUGAGGAUCAGUAUCAUUUCUCUUGCCAAUUCACUGCUGAUUUGAUCGCUAUGAAUCAUGCUGACUUUAUCAUCACUAGCACCUUCCAGGAAAUUGCUGGAAGCAAGGAUACUGUGGGGCAAUAUGAGUCUCACACUGCAUUUACUCUCCCAGGACUCUACCGAGUUGUUCAUGGAAUCGAUGUAUUCGAUCCAAAGUUCAACAUUGUCUCUCCCGGUGCCGAUUUGUCCAUUUACUUCCCAUACACUGAGAAGCACAAGAGACUCACUUCCCUGCACCCUGAAAUUGAGGAGUUGCUGUUCAAUCCAGUAGAUAACACGGAGCACAAAGGUGUGCUGAAGGACACCAAGAAGCCGAUUAUCUUCUCCAUGGCACGGUUGGAUAGGGUGAAGAACUUAACAGGUCUGGUUGAAUUCUAUGGCCGGAGCGAGCGUUUGAAGGAGCUGGCAAACCUUGUAGUGGUUUGUGGAGACCAUGGAAAGGAAUCAAAGGAUCUUGAAGAACAAGCAGAAUUCAAGAAAAUGUACAGCUUCAUUGAGAAGUACAAUCUGACGGGACAUUUCAGAUGGAUCUCUGCCCAGAUGAAUCGGGUUCGCAAUGGCGAGCUCUACCGUUACAUUGCCGAUACUGGAGGAGUUUUUGUUCAACCUGCCUUCUAUGAAGCCUUUGGGCUCACUGUCGUUGAGUCAAUGACCUGUGGUUUGCCGACAUUCGCAACUGUGCAUGGAGGACCCGGAGAAAUUAUAGUAGAUGGGGUUUCUGGCUUCCACAUUGAUCCUUAUCAGGGUGACAAAGCUGCUGAAAUUGUUGUGAACUUUUUCGAUAAGUGUAAGGAAGACCCAACCUACUGGGAUAAAAUCUCUGUUGGGGGGCUGAAGAGAAUUGAAGAGAAGUAUACCUGGAAGCUUUACUCUGAGAGGUUGAUGACACUCACUGGAGUUUAUGGUUUCUGGAAGUACGUCUCUAAUCUGGAAAGGCGCGAGACUCGCCGUUACCUGGAGAUGUUCUAUGCCCUCAAAUAUCGCCAACUGGCUGAUUCUGUUCCUCUAGCAGUAGAAGGAGAAGCUUCUGUUAAUGGUGCCAAGUAGAUGGAGAUUCAGCAGGAAGCUUGAUUGGUGCAAUGACCUGUUUCUUUUGCGAAUGAUAUUUCAGAGGAAGAGGCGUUUGUCAGUGUUCUUAUUUCAAUUUAUGAGAGCUGCUUAUCGAUUCAAAAAUUUGGUGUGCUUGAUAUGUAGUGUUUGCUGUGUUCUGUAACCUUGACGUUCCAUGUUAUUCUGCAAUAAGAUCAGAAGCUUCCUUUUCCUUGAAA